ACUUGGGGAAAAGCAGAUAUUCAGAGAUUCCUACUAUGUAGGAAAACAGAUCAUCGAAUAUAUCUCUUUAUUACAUUGAUCAUUGUCGUUAUUCUUCACACCGUUCAAUAUGAUUAUGUGAGAAGAAUCAACCGAACAGUACAAGUACAAUCGCAUUUUAAUAACCUUACAGCAAAACACGAAAAUUCGCGAUCUUACGCGUUCACACUAACCGGUACAGUUGAUUGAUAUUAAAUUUCUAUUUUAUAUUCAAUCAUUCAACAACUGUAAACUCCAAAUUUGUUCCAACUCUAGCUUUUGGCAAGUGCAUUUUUUGGUAUGAAAAGAUCAAUACCAUCUCUCAGUUUCCGAACCUCUAGCCUUCUAUUCUAUUCUGGCAUCAAAUCUGGGCUCGGGUCAGUACACUGCGCCCAAGAUGUCAUCAGACGCAGAAGUCAUUAUAUGCUAUUGUCUCAAGUGUAAACUCAAGGUUGGCAGCUUUGAUAAUUCAUGGGAAGGUCUCGGAAAGACUUAUUAUAUACCCAAAGUCAUAAGAGAUGCCACAGGACUGAAGGGAGUUGGUUCUAUCAAACUAGCAACCGGUCCAGCACAGGUUGGAACUAUCAUAGAAAAUAGUUCUCUUCAAGAUUUGGCCUGCGCAAAUUGCCGUGAAGUAUUUGGCCUGCUAUGCGAUAAUGCACCAGAAGGUCAUCUAUUGAAAAAGGAUCAAUUACUCAUAUGUGCCAAGAAAAUAUCAAUGAAAUUGCAACGAACAGGUGAAAAAGCAACAUUAUCUGUCACAAAAACACAUGAUUUGAAGAAAUCCUCAAAUAACUCAAGCUCACUGUCCAGGCGACCAUCGUCAAUCCUGUCCGGGACUUUGGGCCCCAGCGAAAUAUCCCGCCAGAGUAUAGAAAAACCUUUCACUCCGGCAGCAUCUUCACUGUCGAUACUUGGCGAUGCAAAAAUCAUGUUAGCGAUUUGUGAGCAACGAAAAGAUAUUGAUCGAAUUGAUGCUGCUGUGGGUCGCCUCGAGAAUGACAUGCAGGGCGUUAAGAUAUUCAUGGAAAAUAUGCGCCGCGAGAUGACCACGAUUCAGAGCGCUCGUUCUGUAGCUACUAGUGUCGUCGAAACUCUUCAGCAUGAUCUCGUCCGCGUGACCGAGAAAGCUGAUGGAGUAGAUGAUCUUCGUACAGAGCUUGAUUUUUUGAACACCUCGGUCGAGCAGAUGAAGAAGAACAAUAGAAGGAAUAAUCUUCGUCCGGAUUUUGAUUCUCUGCGCACUCGAGUUGAGGAGAUAGAGACAGCUAGGAGAGGGAACGAUCUUCGUUCAGAGUUUAAUUCUCUACACACACGAGUCGAGGGGAUGGAGGGAGCUAGUGUGGAGAAAGAUCUUCGUACAGAACUUGACUAUCUACGCACUCGGGUUAAGGAGAUGGAGAGAGCCUCUCGCAAGGUUUCAACCUCAGGCGCUCGAGUGAUAACUACUCCUGCACCUUCUGACGAAUUACAAGAGGGACAAAUUUUGCCCAAAUUAAUAUCUAAUGGAAGAUGCAGUCCGCUUAAUCAUGCGAGAGAUUUCUCAAUGCUCGAAGGUAGCAGGGCCUCGCAUCGGAAGCGCCAGCACAGCGAAACCGAAUAUGACCAAAGGGAAGUCGAGAGUUCGACACUUGCAGAGUUUAGAAAUCACAAACGCAUAAAAGAAACGAAAGCUCAACAAGAUGAAGACGCAAGAUCUCUCUCAAUACCUCCUACUCGUUCACCAAGUAGAGAACCCGCCACUCCUUCCAAACCUCGUUUCGAAUCUCCUAUUCUUGGGCGUUACGAUACGAAUGGUGACGUCGACCGUACUAAAGAUCAUAACAUUCAGCACAUCGAGCAAGAUACCGAGAGACAAAUUUCGGAGUCACCCUCUCACCAAAUCGAAACUGAAAUGAACACUCCCAAUGGACACGACGAUCCUGACGUGCACCAACAAGUUCAACACAUCGCAAGAGCUUCUGCAAUGAACACUCUCGACGAGAGUGAUAAUAUUAACGAACAUCAAACUUUGGAGGUUAUGUCAAAAGCCACUGAAAUGAGUAGCUCUAAUCAACCUAAAAAUGAUGAAGGGCGUCAACAUCUACGGAACCACUCAAAGGCUACUCAAACAGAUAAUCCUGAUGAAAACAACACUGAUGAAGAACAACGAAAUCUGCAGCACGUCUCACAAGCUACCUCAAAUACACUCCUGGAGUCAUCUCAAGCAAUUAUUCCGGUUCAACCACUCAAUAUUUCUCCAGCAAACUCAAAUGGGAAUCUGUUUACAUCUCCUCUAGAUCAACCUCAAAACUAUCACCGAAGUCGAAAACAAUUGGAAAUUCCCAACUCUUCUCAAUCAGAAUCCUCACAAAACACCCAAGAACCACACCUUCCAUCUAAUUCCCGCCGAGGUCCUGGUCGUCCUAAAGCAGCUCCAAAAAAACAUAAUAGUUUCACUCCACAUAAAGAAGAUCGUUCCGCUGCUAACACACCCCACUCUGCCCGAGGUCCUGGCUUUCCUGAGGACGCUCUAAAUAAAGAAAAGCAAAGUACAUCUCAAUCUAAUACAUCUCAAUUCCAGCCACGUCGUGGCCGUCCUAAGGGAGCUUCAAAUAAAUCUAUCUUUACUCCCAGCACUUUUUCAAAUGGGCCCGGUAGCGAAGAACUAUUUACACCAGGGAAAGCAUUGCGGGGCCGUACACUUCCCGUUCCAAAUUCAAGUCCUUUGGUCAGAGAAUUUGCAAAUAAACAAAGCAAUCUAAUGAUCGAUUUGACCACUGGCAACGAACGUGAGGCUUCUGAGUCUCCUGAAGAAAUCAAUAAGAGUCGGAUGCAAACUAUUCAGCCGCACAAGACUCAUGUCUCGGUACCCUUGAAUGAUGGUGAAGAUAAUCCAUCUCACCCUCCCAAAAGAGAACGGAGAAACACACGCAGUUCUUGUCAAAGACCUUCUGUUGAUUUAGACAAAGCUCUCGCUGCCAGACCCGAAUCUGGGGAUACCACAAGCGACGAGGCAGUAGAAAGUGAUUCUAUAGAUACCGGAAACGAGAGACAGACGAGAUCGAUUUCGAGACGUUCAAGGGAAUUCAAGGGGUCUCCGGUGGGUGAUGACAACUAUACCCCGCCUAGCUCACUGAAGUAUUAUGAGAACCCUAGAAGGAAAAGAGCGCAAAGUGAGCAGAGUAAAAAAGAGGAUCGAGAAGGAAGAAGGGGUUAUGAGAACGCAGAUGAACAGGAGAGGCAAGGAGAAAGAGGAAGAGAAAGAGAACUGCCAAAUGAAGAAGGAAGAAGAGGAAGAAGAAAAAGUACACGAGGGAGAGAAUUAGAGAGCAGAGAAUUGGUUAAGGAAGUUUUGGAGGGAGAAGGGGAAAGAGAAAGAGAAAGAGAGAGAGGAAGAGAAAGAGAAAGAGAACGUCCAAAAGAAGAAGUAAGAAGAGAAAGAAGAAAAAGUACACGAAGGAGGGAUAUUGAACGCCGCGAAGAAUUGGUCAAACAAGCGUUGGAGAGGGGAUGAUUGAUUGAUGAUAAUGAGGAGAUUAUUAAGGUUUGGGAAAAUUCAGGGGAUAAGGGGAGGGGGGAAGGUUAAUACUUAUUGGUAGAAUGAAUUUUAUCUCCUC